AGGUCCAAACCGCAAGCCAGACCCGGCCGUCCUGCCUGGCGCCCUCCAAAGAGCGCGGCUUCCGGAACAACGCCACUGAGCCGCGCCCCCAGGGCCCCGGCGCCGAUUGGUCAGAGCGAGCGCGGGGCGGAGCCAAACCUUAAAGGGUCCGGGAGCUAAGCCAGACUGGGCUGGAGGGGGCCGCUGCGAAACCCAGGGAGCCGAUGCCACGUGACACAAUGUGGACUUCUUUUAAACCUUUCGAAUGCCCAUAACCUAGCCUCAGGCCCAUGGAGCCCACGAGAGACUGCCCGCUGUUCGGGGGCGCCUUUUCCGCCAUCCUCCCCACCGGGGCCAUUGACGUAAGUGACCUCCGACCGGUCCCGGACAAUCAAGAAGUUUUCUGCCAUCCCGUGACUGACCAGAGCCUGACUGUGGAACUUCUCGAGCUGCAGGCCCACGUGCAGGGCGAAGCGGCUGCGCGGUACCACUUUGAGGAUGUUGGUGGUGUGCAGGGGGCUAGGGCUGUCCAUGUGGAGUCUGUUCAGCCUCUCAGUUUGGAGAACCUGUCCCUGAGGGGCUGCUGUCAAGAAGCCUGGGUCCUCUCUGGCAAGCAGCAGGUAGCUAAGGAAAACCAGCAGGUAGCAAAGGAAGUGACACUACAUCAGGCCUUGCUGCGGCUGCCCCAAUACCAGACUGAUCUCUUGCUCACCUUCAGUCAGCCCCCCGCUGACAACGGUCAUCUCUUGGCCCUGAAAAUCUGUCACCUCCACCCUGGAGCCUGGGUGAAUUUGAACAGCUGGUGACCAGUCUGACCCUUCAUGAUCCCAACAUCUUUGGUUCCCAGUAAAGGCGCUGAAGCAUUGCACGAUGUUGCUGAGGACUUGGGGACUUAGCUCUGUGAGGGGGAAAAGAGGUUGAAUAUCUGGGUUCCUCUUAUUUCUUCCCUGUGCAUAAACAUAAGACAAUCCCUUUUCAGAAUAAACUUGCUUUAUAAUCAA